AUGGCAGACAGGACUUCGAGAGCCGUACCACCACCACCGCCCGGCGCCCCGCGACGAGCGGUCCGACGGAAUUUGUUCCAGGGACUUACGAGGCGAGCGACGGGGACUACGACAACGGGAACGACGGGGCAGCCCAUGGCCUCUACUGUCGGCGCGGGAUCUGUAUCUGCCACUGCUGCUGCUGCGACGAUGGGAGGAGUGGGACCAGGCGGGAGCUCUUCAACUGCUGCUGCUACUCACGGCAACGGUAACGGUCAUGUCGGGGGCGGCGAGACGCUCCGCCUCGAUGUCGAUGUCCUCUCUGACGGCGGGCCGCCGUCCGCCAUGGGACCCGCAGAGAUUGUGGUGCGCGACGAGCACGGCGAGAUUGAGCUCGGGGAUCUGCCGACGUCCGAUAACGUACGCUGA